AAAAUUAUAAAAAACCCAGUGACUUCCGUAACACGAUUAUGUAUACAAAUUGUUUCCUCUAAUUCUCACUGUUGGCAGAUUUCUCCAAAUAUUCAGCGCACAAAAUUCUUCACUACUUUGAAGCUUUACGGAAUUCUCCAUUUCUCGGAUCUCAACAAAAAUGCGGAGGCCUGGGUAUCGGCAACCGCUGAAGCAGCAAUUAGGUGGUGUUAAAGCAAUGUUUAUAAGGCUCUCGAUUGCUGUUAUCGUUGUUGUGAUUUGUAUGUUCUUGUUUAUGUAUGCGAUUUCGGGUAAUAAUAGUAACAGUUCUUCAGCUGAGAUCAAUGCGGAGGCACUCUGGGGAACUGCUGCUUCUGAUGGUUGGAGGGCGUCAUCUGCUCCUCGAUCAGAUUGGCCUCCUCCUCCCAGUGAAAGCAAUGGCUAUUUACGGGUUCGGUGUAAUGGUGGUCUGAACCAACAACGUAGUGCGAUCUGUAAUGCAGUUCUUGCUGCACGAAUUAUGAAUGCUACACUGGUGUUGCCUGAGUUGGAUGCAAAUUCCUUCUGGCAUGAUGAUAGUGGAUUUCAAGGUAUCUAUGAUGUUGAACAUUUUAUCAAGACAUUGAAGUACGACGUAAGAAUAGUAGAAAGCAUUCCUGAAAUUCGAAAAAAUGGAAAGGUCAAGAAGAUAAAAGCCAAACAGAUUCGACCCCCCAGAGAUGCUCCUAUCAGUUGGUAUACAACAGAGGCUCUAAAGACGAUGAAGGAACAUGGUGCCAUUUAUCUUACUCCUUUUUCACAUCGACUGGCAGAAGAAAUCGAUUAUCCUGAGUACCAGCGGCUGAGAUGUAGGGUUAACUAUCAUGCUCUUCGAUUUAAGCCUCAUAUUAUGGAGUUAAGCAGUUCAAUAGUCACUAAACUUCGUUCACAAGGCCACUUUAUGACAAUACACCUUCGUUUUGAGAUGGAUAUGCUGGCAUUUGCUGGGUGCUUUGACAUAUUUUCUCCUGAGGAGCAAAAGAUUUUGAAGAAGUAUAGGCAGGAAAAUUUUGCAGAAAAGAGACUUGUUUAUGAUGAAAGAAGGGCAAUUGGAAAAUGUCCACUAACUCCAGAAGAGGUGGGUCUUAUUUUACGUGCAAUGGGUUUUGAUAACUCUACUAGGAUAUAUCUUGCUGCAGGUGAGCUCUUUGGUGGUGAGCGAUUCAUGAAACCUUUCCGUUCCAUGUUCCCCCGCUUGGAGAACCAUAGUACAGUGGACACCACAGGUGAGCUGGGGAAGAACACAAUGGGCUUGUUAGGUUCAGCUGUGGAUUAUAUGGUUUGUCUUCUCUCUGAUAUUUUCAUGCCAACAUAUGAUGGACCAAGCAAUUUUGCAAACAAUCUCCUUGGUCACCGGCUAUACUAUGGUUUUCGCACAACAAUCCGACCUGAUAGAAAAGCAUUGGCUCCUAUCUUUAUCAGUCGUGAAAAGGGGCAUACAGCUGGUUUUGAGGAAGCAGUUAGGCGUGCCAUGUUAAAAACAAACUUCGGUGGACCUCAUAAGCGGAUCUCACCUGAAUCAUUUUAUACCAAUUCUUGGCCAGAGUGCUUUUGUAAAAAAUCAGCUGUAAAUCCUGCUGAUAAAUGUCCACCACAUGAUGUUGUUGAAAUCUUAGAUAGUCAACUGGAGAGUGAAGGAAUCAGUGACUUUGAGGCAAGCGGGUCAAAUUUGACGUGAGCUGUGGAUAAAUAGAUGUACUGGGUGAAGUUUCUUGGUAAGAUUCUAUGGUUCUUGAAAUGAUGCGACAACACGAGGUCAAAUGGAAGAAAUGAGAUGGUUUUCCUUAUCUACGAGUUGGUUUUACAGGUAUCACUUAUCUCAGAUCAUUCUCUAUAAGAUAUUGUGAUGAUUUUACUUGUACAGUUUUAGUGAUCACCUGAUGAGUGAUGACAGUAAAUGUAGCUGCCAAUGGAUAAAAGCAGCGUAGGUUCCUGGGAAAAAAUGACAACGAUUUAUGGAGAAUAUCCUUGAUUGGUGUUUGAGUUAAUUUUUCAACUAGGAGGAAUCCAGGGAGGUUUCGUAUGUAGGACUAAGGGACCAGCACCUUCCUUCCAGCAAUAUUAGUGUCAUUCGAUGCUUGAGAUGUUGAAAAUCUGAGCAUUUUAUUUUGCUCACUUUUUUCAGUUUGUAUCUUUUUGAGUAUCUGACUAUGUUUACUUCAUUACCUCAUAACCAUUGUUGUAUCUGAUUUGGUAUCUUCUUCAAUACGAAAAUAAUACGGUCUUUCCUACA